AUGGAUGUGGAGGUGAGUGCUGGCAGGGACAGCACCAGGAGGAGAGCAGCGGCAGCAGAUGAUGAAGCAGGAGGAGGAGGAGGAGGUGGUGGAGGAGGCAUGGAGGCCCAGGUUGUACCACUGGAGCUCUACGACUCUGCAAGAGCCAAAAUAGACGCAAAUCUCCGCUGGAUGUUUGCCAAAGCCUAUGGUAUAGACAACAUCCCUGCGGACCUGCGAGACCCCUUCUACACUGACCAGUAUGAGCAGGAACACAUCAAGCCCCUCAUCAUCCGCCUGCUGCUGUCUGGAGAGCUCUACUGCCGGGUGUGUGGGCUCAUCCUGCAUGCUGAGCAGGCUGCCUCCCUGCAAAGCCACCAGUCUGUCAUCCAGGCCCUGUCCAGGAAAGGCAUCUAUGUCCUGGAGUCUGACAACACACCUGUUUCUGAUCUGGACCUCAGCUCAGCUCCCAUAAAGAUGAGCUCUCACAUCCACCUCAUUGAUGCCCUGAUGAUGGCCUAUACAGUGGAGAUGAUCAGCAUAGAGAAGGUCGUGUCCAGUGUCAAGCGCUUUUCGAACUUCAGUGCCCCAAAGGAGCCGCCUUUUGACCUGGAAGAUGCAAUGGUCUUUUGGAUCAACAAGGUGAACAUAAAGAUGAGGGAGAUCACAGAAAAGGAGCUGAAAAUGAAGCAACAUCUGCUGGAGCCAUCCAGUCACCAGAAGUCUCCCUCCAAAUGGUACUGGAAGCUUGUCCCUGUGCGAUACCGCAGAGAUCACCUGUCGGGUCGGACACUACAGCACUUCCCCCUGUUGGACGACUUGUUGAAGGAUGUGUGUGACGGCACGGCUCUGCUGGCUGUUAUCCACUUCUACUGUCCAGAACUCAUUAGACUGGAAGAUAUCUGUCUGAAGGAGGUUCCUUCCAUAACAGACAGUGUGUACAACAUCCAGCUACUGAGGGAGUUUUCUAAUGAGUACCUGAACAAGUGCUUCUACCUGAAGCCUGAGGACAUGCUGUAUUCUCCACCAGUACUGAAGAUUAAUGUGAUGGUCUUCAUUGCUGAGCUGUUCUGGUGGUUUGAGAGUGUGAAGCCAGACUUCGUACAACCCAGGGACCUUCAGGAAAUCAGAGAUGUGAGAUUGCUGCUGCAGCCGAAAGGUUCUCGACCCCAUGCACCCAUCUCCAGCGUCACCAAACGCAGUUUCCUGACAUCGUCACACUCCGCUGACAUCUUGACCACACCACUGAGCCCGGACCUCAGCACUAAACCAAGUUCAACGAGCCCAUCUCACUCUUUAUUGCCCCUGAGACAGAGACAACAGAAGGUGCUUGAGGAGAGCACUUCAGAGCUGAGAGAUAGGUCCAACUCUCUGACACGUUCAGAUGGGCAGCAGCAGGGACCAGUACUGUCCUGGCCAGAGAGGAGGCCGAGGCCUUUAUCCCAGCCGGUGCCCUAUGCCCUGCAUUUUCCCAUGGAGGACGACGCAGACAGUAUCAGCCUUGCUCGCUCCAUCAGCAAAGACAGCUUGGCCUCCAACAUAAUGAACAUUACCCCUAAACACAUGCUGGGGUCAGGCCCCCAUCUGCCUCAGCACAGACUCAGUGGUCAAAGCCUGCUUAGUCACAUGCGCAUAGAAGAUGAAGAGGAGGAAAUAGAAGAGGAGGAACUGGUUGCUGUUAUCCACCCUUAUGCAUUUUCUCGACAUGGACCCGGGAGUGACAUGGAACAGGAUGAGCUGGAAAUCCAGAGUGCAACCUCCAGCUCCAGAGUUUUGAAUACUCGUUGCUCUCCUCGCCUUGACGCGGGUCCCUUUACUCCGGACCAUCAAGCAGACAGCUACUAUCUGGAGCCUUUGAUGCCUGCCAUCCCUAAACCAGCCAAAGAGAAGAGCAUCAGCCUGAACAAGCAGGAGGAAAGUGGUGAGAGUCGCUGUAGAGCAGCAGGAGCUGCGAGGAAAGCCGCCACCAAUGUCUCAACCACUUCACAGAGGAAAACCCCUGUGGCUGAGUCAAAUAGGAAUACCUUUACGCCCAUACCUGUCGCGGAAUCAGUGCCUAGCUCUCUCAGGCCACCCACAGAGGGGUCGAUAGUCAUCUCUCCAUCUGAGAACAAACAGCCCCAAGGCUUUUUCCUUCAUUUGUCGGGAGAGCCAGACCACCACAGUCUGGAGGCAGGGCAUGACUCUGACUCAGACAUUGCAGACCUUGAUGAAGAUGAUGAGGAGGAUGAUCAGACGGAGCUGACUAGAGAAGUGGUCAAGAGAGGAAAGGGAAAAUGCUUAGAAGAGGGGGACGUGUGCGAAUUUGGAGAGGGUGAGUCAGUCAAGCUGAGAGAAGACUUGAAGGUGAGUGAGCGGGAUGAUAAGGAAGACAGCAGCGGCCGCUCAAGCCCUUGCCUCAGUACCAUAUCCUGGGCAAGCAGCUGCAGCGCUUCAGGCAGCGCCAGUGUCAAGAUGACCAGCUUUGCAGAGAGAAAGCUCCUUAAACUUGGCCUCCGUGAUGGAUUUUCAAGCACCAGCAGCUCCCAGAAGACCACACCUGAUGGCUCUGAGAUUGCCCCCUGCCCCCCCUGGCAGUUGAGGAGUGACUGCACCUCCAGUUGGCUAGGCAAGGAGCCUGGUUCUGUGUUGGGGAAUAAUAUGACGGGGAGUUCCCCAGUAGUGCCUUCAGAGUUGCUGCAACUUCACAUGCAGCUGGAAGAGCAAAGACGUGCAAUAGAGUAUCAGAAGAAGAAGAUGGAGACCCUGUCAGCACGGCAGAGACUAAAACUAGGGAAAGCUGCUUUCCUGAACAUCGUAAAGAAGGGUGGAGGGAGGAGUGACACACUUCCUCUACCCCUGAAACACUCACAGGAAUCCUCAGAACUAACAACUGCCGAUAAAAAUAAAGCGAAGAUCCAGUCCUGCAGGGACGACUCCUGUCUUGAUGCUCUGAAGGUUCAGGUGAAGGCCGAUCAGCCAGAAGGGGGACAGAUGAACAGAGACAACAGGUUGAACACCCGGUCUCAAGAUUGUGGGGCUGAACCUGGUUUUAAUGAGUGUUCCCGCUCCAUAGAUUUACUCAAUGAAGCUAUUAGUUCCAUUCAGCAGCAGAUGAUGCAGCUCUCCUUGCAGCAAGAUCUACUGAUGAAGCAGAGUGUGGUCUCACCUCCAGAAUUAGUAGAAUCAGGCCCUAGCACAACCCCCAACACAACCCCCAACACGACACAAACAGCAUCCUCUACCUCAGAUUCCAGAUCUUUUGCAGUCCACUUUGUAGAUAUCAGUGGCAGCAAUUCUUUUCCUGCUCGCCGUCCUCCCAAGCUUAGCUCCAGCCAACGCAGCAAAGGCUCGGACAGAAAACAGGACAAGGAGAACAGCAAGAUAGCCUCUAUCAAGUCCAAUACUCAGUCCCCAGAGGGCACACCCUCUCCCAAAGAAAUUACUGGUGGAGAUCAGGAGACAGGGAAUAUUGUGGAGAGCUCCAGGCCAGAGAGAAGCAUUCAGAGAAACACCACCUUCAGAGUCCAUGGUGGCAUCGGAGAAGGAACUGGACGCUUUCCAGAAAAACCCCAGUCACAGGACCCACCAGUCACUUCCAGUACACCAGUAUCUCCCUCACAGACUGCAGGACCACAAGAGAUCAAAGCUGACAACUCAGGAAAAGACGCUUUGGGUGGAGAUGAGAGCACCAGGGUCAAAGGUCAGCUGAUUGAGGUCGACCUGUCAGAGCUUAAGGAUCCACUGGAGGAUGGCAGUGCAGAUGUUACAGACUGCACAGUAGAGAAUGAGCAGAGGAAUGUGUUGGGCUUCUUCUUUAAGGAUGAUGAGAAAGCAGAGGAUGAAAUGGCGAAACGCCGUGCUGCCUUCCUCCUCAAACAGCAGCGCAAAGCUGAAGAGGCGAGGCUACGCAAACAACAACAAGAAGCCGAGGGGGAGCUCAAACGUGAUGAGGCCAGGCGUAAGGCAGAAGAGGAGCGUGUUCGUAAGGAAGAAGAAAAGGCGCGACGAGAGCUAAUCAAGCAAGAAUACCUGCGGAGAAAGCAGGAAGCGCUGAUGGAAGAGCAGGGUCUGGUCAAGCCUCGCCCAAGACCUAAAUCCCGCAGGAACAGACCCAAAUCACUGCACCGGGAGGAGCCCAACAGCCUCUCCAAAGGAUCCACCACGCGUAAUGCUCUGAAGGUGUCCAUGUUGAUCAAAGCCCAGGGUUCAGCAGCAGACUGCAGGGGAGCUGAUCUGAGCUGCAGUCAUCGAGGAUCAACGCUCUCUUUGGCGACCGAGGCCGACAGUGUCAUCUCUGGAGGGGCCGAGUCACAGAGGGCUGGAUCAGUGUGCUCUAUGGAGUCGUUCCCUAUGCUGAGCAGGGCAUCUAGCAGGAACAUGGAGAGGGACUGGGAGAACGGCUCCAUAGCCUCUUCCAUCACUUCGACCGAGUACAAUGGUCCUAAACUCUUCAAGGAGCCGAGCUCCAAGUCCAACAAGCCAAUCAUCAUCAAUGCCAUCGCUCACUGCUGCCUGGCUGGAAAGGUUAAUGAGACCCAGAAGAAUGUUGUCCUGGAGGAGCUGGAAAAGUGCGAGUCCAAUCACCUGAUCAUCCUUUUCCGCGAUGGUGGCUGCCAGUUCCGCGCCAUUUACUCUUACUCGCCAGACACCGAGGAGAUCAUCAAGUUCACAGGCACUGGACCACGCACCAUCAGCCGGAAGAUGAUCGACAAGCUCUACAAAUACAGUUCAGACCGCAAGCAGUUCACCGUCAUUCCAGCCAAGAGUGUUUCAGUCAGCGUGGACGCCCUGACCAUCCACAAUCACCUCUGGCAGGUCAAGAGACCGGGGAGUGCACGGAGGAAGUGAGA